AUGGUUUUAUCGGACGUGUCAGUACAACCUUGUAUUUUAUAUGGAAACUCAGGUACAGGAAAAUCAUCUAUUAUGGCUGAGAUUGCAAUAAAGAUCGAAAAGUGGUUUGCAAAACCGAGCUCGGUGUCUGUCGUCAUUCGUUUUCUUGGUACCACACCACAAUCAAGUGAUGUUCGUCGACCACUCAUCUCUAUUAUUCAGCAAAUUUGCAUUAUCUAUAACAUAAAACUAUCUUAUCUUAUUCAUGACUCAAUGACUAUUCAAAAUCUUAAGCGAAUACUUGAACAUAUACUCGGUCAAAUUCCUGAAAAUGAACAACUCAUUCUUCUAUUUGACUCUAUCGAUCAACUGCAGGUUGAAUAUUAUGAUUGUUCUAAGUGGUUACCUAUGAACUACCCGAAGAAUAUCAAAUGCAUUAUAUCCACGAUACCAGUAAUUGAAGAUAAAAACAUUGAUUAUAAAAUUCUUGAAGGAUUAAAAUCUCUUUUCGGGGAUACUUCUAUGAUUGAAGUAACAGAGUUUGAUGAACAUGUAGCUCAACAAGUUUUUCAUUCAUGGUUGGAGCGUGAUCAACGGUGUCUCACACCACUUCAAAUGGAGUGGUUACAACCAAAAUUUUUACCCAAUAGUGAUUAUGGUGAACCACAACCAACACCAUUGUUUCUUUCACUUCUUUAUGAAAUAACGCGUUCAUGGCACUCAUUUGACGACGAACCAGAUCCCAGUUUCUUGCAAAAGAAAUCAACAAGAGGCGCUAUAAAAUAUUUAUACUCUAAAUGGUCCCAGAAACACGGUGAAAUUUUAUUUGAACGCGCUAUGGCUUAUCUACGCCAAGCUGGAGGGUUGAGCGAAACAGAAUUGGAAGAUAUGCUUAGUGCUGAUAGCGAAGUACUACAGUCCAUUUUUAUUCAUUAUUUGCCACCACUGAGUAUAUUUCGAUUACCCAGUACUCUAUGGAUUCGCAUCCGUAACGAUAUGCAGAAGUACCUUGUAGAAAAAACUGUCGACAAUGUUUCUGUUAUUUAUUUCUAUCAUCGGAGUUUUCUAGAACGUGGUUCAUUUGGAGGUAAUGAGGCAAAAGAAGUCGAACUGAUUCGACGUGCUUACUACGCUGGUACCAUAGGACAUUUCCAGAAUCUACACGAUCAACCGUUCGAAAUCAAAUCUCUAAAGCUCAUCGAAAAAAAUCAUGGUAACACAUCUCUCUGUGUCGAUCGACGCCUUGCGAAGCAAUCGCCCUAUAUGACUAAUGUCAAAGGAAAAGGUCCCAUUUAUAAUAUGCGACGUAUCAAUCAGCUAUGUAUGAAUCUUGAUAAUAUUUGCUGUGAACCAUGGUUUCUCUAUGAUUAUGAUUUUAUAUCUAGUUAUCUUCAUUGUUAUAAAAUAAAUGAAUUACGAGCCAGUGAAUGGUUCUAUCCUGAACUUCGAUUUCUUCUUACUCAAUAUGAAGCUUGUUCUUUUGUUCUCGAUACAUAUCCGAAAAAUUUUGCCUUUGAACUCUCUUCUCGAUUACUUCCUCUUAUCGAGAUAUUACCUGAACUGAUCUAUAAGCUAUUUCAACAAUGUCUUAAUCAUUGCAAUCUUCUUAUGUUGGAAGACGAAGCGAGAUCUUUUCAAGCAUGCAUGAGUAGAUACACAGUUGGCAUCGUUUAUGCCAUUGGUCUUGAUCUAGAUUCAAGCAAUUUAUUUGUACUUCUCUCAGAAAAACUUCUCAGUUUUCACCUAAGUGAAUAUUAUUUAGCUGGUAAAGUUAAUGAGUAUCAGUUACCUCCAAAUAUUUUCACAUCGAUUAAAUAUAGUAAUUUUUAUGUUUGUCUCUACUCUUCACAAUCGCUUCUUGUAUUGAAGUGUGCUCAAACACAACAAUGCAUGUUGCAGUUAACGAUAGAUGAAUUAUUGUAUAUUGAUUUUAUUCAUAUCGGUACACUUCUUACCUGUUCUGGAAGCAGUAAAUCGAUUGAUAUUUGGAAUUGCUCAAAGAAAGUAAUGAUGGGACAACAUGCAUACAAUGAAUCCAUAUUACAAUGUUGCACUCUUAAGAUAGAUGAUGGUGUAUUAAUCAAAGUUAUACUUAAAACCGGUUUAAUUCAGUAUCUACGUAUCAAUAUCAACGAACAUGAUGAAAAUAAUCGAAUAUGCUUUAUACCUAUUGCUACUCUGCAAGAAAAACCUAGAAAUGAAAGUAUUCUCUUUAACCAUGAGACCGAUGUGUUUUAUUCAGAAGGUCAAUCCUGCAUUUAUCUUUAUCAUUUCGAACGCUUUGCAAAUGAUUGUUUCGAAAAACUUGAAAAUUUACCUCCUCUUAAUCGAAUUGUUUAUCGCCAUCAUUGCAUUUCUGAAGAGACAACGUAUAAUGCUGCACUCAUAUGGCUCACAGAAGAAUCUUUGGUAAUUUUUCAUUCGUGUGGUGAUCAUUUUAUAAUUUCUGAUGAUGAAAGUGGAAUAACCGUCUAUUGUACAUUAGAAAACGGUGAAUUACGUAAAUACUAUGCUACAAUUAUGGCUUACUUACUCGAAUACUCAAACACUCAUUUAAUAGAUCCAAUGGUUCAAGAGCAAAUCUGCCAUUUACAAAUUCACGAUGAAUUCGUUGUGACACUAGACGAAACAAAAAGGUAAGGAAUAUUAAUAACUUUAUAAUGCUUUUUAUCGAAAAAUCUAAUAUGUUGCAGCAUUCUCAAGCUGUUUACAUUUGCUGAACAUCUGUCUUUUAACAUGAAACUGCAUAUUUCAAAUACAAUUGUUCAAUAUACUAUUAUUCCGCCAUAUAUUCUCAUUCUUGACUCCAAAAAUAUACUCUUCUUAUAUUCAAUUUGUUCUACUCCAAAACUUCUUUUUGAAACGACCGAGUUUCAAAAUAAUUUCGUCAAAAUCCAUUCACUUGCACCAUUUUUCUUCGUCAUUGAUAGUCAUACACAGCGACUUUUUCAAAUUAACACAAGAUCUACGCUCAAUUUACAUUGCAUGGCAGAUAUCAAAUUCGAAUUUCAUUCACUAUUAAGUGUUACAUUUCCAGACCAAUCAACAUUGUUUAUUCUAUCCGAUGAUUACUCAACAAUAGCUAUGCAUAAUUCGAAGAAAAACACGAUCAAAUAUCUUUCAACGCAAGUCAAUAAAAACAUCAAGAUUAAAAAAAUCGACUCUCUUUCAAAAGCUCUAGUUUUUCAUGAUAAUAAUGACCAAGUUUAUUUACAGCGUAUUAAUAAUGAUGAUAACUCAAUUGUCUCUUUAGAACAUGCCGAUUUUCUUGUAACAAAAGGUAAUUGUAUCGCUCUACUUAAUUAUAAUUUAAAAAAAUUGAUUAUCUAUGACGUCGAAAGACUAUUGCGUGGUACUAUUCGAUUACAUACCUUAUGUGAUACAUUAUGUUUCUCGGAAGACGGAAAAUAUCUCUUUGGAAUAUCUAAAAAAGAAUCAUUCUUGUACAUGUAUCAAAUUGAAAAUGGAAAAUGUUUAGAAAAACUAUUCAUAGAAAAUAUAUCACUGUUCAUCCAAGCUACAACAAAUCAACUUAUAUUAAGUUGCAAAAACCAACUAGUGUUAAUGUCGUUCAACAGAGAAACUAUUCUCUCAUUAAAACGGUUAGAUAUGAAUCAUUUUAUAACAUAUUUUAUCGUUUUUUAUCCUUGUUUUAGCGAUAAUGAAACUCCAUCGAAAAAUUUUCUAUUAUUUGACAACGCUGAAUGGAUCUCUUGCCAUGAAGAUGAACAUUGGACAUUGGCAAAUUCUAGUUAUGUGAACAACAUAUAGUAGAUAGAAACAUUUAUAUUACGAACCAUGCCUUGCACUUAAACAAUAUAUCAGAAUUUUUGCUUUUAUAUAUCUGUAUUAAUACAAUAAAAACUUGCAUUAAAAAGAGAAGAUCAUUUGGUAACGGCUUUCUGUUAGUUCCACGAAGAGAAUUCGUGACAAUAAUUGUCGCUCGAACACAGAGAUUUUUCUCAAUAUUUUCUAUAAAAAAUAGAAUAGUCUCUUCGUAAACUUUAAAAAUAAAUCAUAGACGCAUUAAGAAGAAGUCAAUUUAUUGACGAAUCUAGGAUGUCGAUAAGACGUAGGCAGUAUCGAUUAAAAAACACUUUUUAAAGUCCAUUCGAGGUGGGAUAAGUCGGCUUCUUAUUCGUUCCAGUCUAGGAUCAGAUUCGUUCAAUAUUUCCUAUAAAUUCUACAUCUUGGCCGAUCCUAUAUUUUGUUCUAUAUUUCGGUUGAGUUUCCUUUUCUUACCUACAUUUUGCCUAAAAAAAGGGCAUGGAUAUGCAUGGUUGGGGAGCGGCUGGCGAGUAUGUGAGUGUAUAUGUAGAGUGCAGGUAUGAGUGUGGAUGCCAGUAUGCACGUACGUGUCAGUAUGGUCGUGGGUGUUGAUGAAGGUUAAAAGACGACCCACAGCGCACUCACACACCCACAUCCUCCAAAGGAGACCUAGGGUGUGGUUGUAAGUAUGAGGUGUAUAUGUGGUUAGAUGCGAGUGUGGGUGAACAGACAAAAGAAUAUCCCCAUUCAUACACCCACACCAACGUCCACAUCCGAUCAUUGUUGGAAUCGGUAACAUAGAGAUUACCAUAUCUAUCGAAUGAGGGUGUAAGGUGGGUGUGGGUGUGGGUGUGGGUAUGGGUGUGGGUGUGUGGGUGUGGGUGUGUGGGUGUGGGUGUGUGGGUGUGGAUGUGGGAUGUGGGAUGUGGGAUGUGGGAUGUGGAUGUGGGAUGUGGGAUGUGGGAUGUGGGAUGUGGGUGCGGGCUUGGGUGUGAGUGUAGGGUGUGAGUGUUGGUGGGUGUGUGGGUGGCUGUGUGGGUGGCUGUGUGGGUGUGGGUGGGUUUGGUGUGUGGGUGUUGAAGUAGUUAAUGUCACAGACACACCCACACCCACACCCACACCCACACCCACACCCACACCCACACCCACACCCCCCCCCACACCCACACCCACAACCACAACCACACCCACACCCCACCCCACC